AUGUCGACAUCUCCUCACGAGACGCGAGUCCAAGACUUCGCGUCCGCUCCACCCGCUCCUACCGAGCCUACACGAUCCGCUUCGGAUUCCGCCGCACCUCCCCACCUUAGCAUUGACACUCAGCUCAACGAACAGAGAAGCCGCGGUCGCUCCGCGACUGCCACCACCGCUACCGCCGCCCAACCGAACCCCGAAGACUUCCUAUCCGCCGAUGGGAACAACUCGUUUGAUUCGACUCUGCGACGGCGCAUAACGCGAUCGCACACGGUCAAGCACUACCAGUCGCCCACUCGCCCAUACCAGCACCAAGAGCCAGGUGCGGAACCUGGUGUCGACACCACCCAGGAAACACAGGCAGCCAGCUACAACCAUCUCUACGCGCAAUGCCAAAUCACUGUCGUCGACUUUUCAGACGAAAGGGUCGAGUGCCAUGAACUCAACAACGACACAUUGGAGGCCUUCCUCAGUCUGCCGAAAGAGGACUGGGUGGCAUGUCGAUGGAUCAACGUCAAUGGCCUCAGCUGGGACGUCAUCCGGACUCUCGGAAACCACAAGCAACUGCAUCGCCUGGCGAUUGAGGAUCUCAUGAGCACCCAGAGUAGGACCAAGGUGGAUUGGUACUCGGACCAGGCCUUUUUGCUCUUGACCCUCUCCAAGCUCGUCCGGACGCCCGUGGACGAGGAUUCGGAAAGCGAUUCCGACGAGGAUGACACCGAACACCACCACCACAGGUCGCACUCUCGUUCUCAUUCACGACACCUGGAGAAGAAGAAGGCCAAGAAGCCAUCCUUGUUCAAGCGGGCGAAGAACAUGUUCCCCAGGAACGGGGGCUACAAGCAGAGAGCCCAGGACCACAUGAUGCACACGUUGGAUGGUUUGGAGAAGCAGAUGGAUGGGACGCCCCUGGACAAGGUCAUGACAUCCAUACCGCCUGCUAACACAUCGAUACGCACCCUUCAACGGUACCGCGGCGGCUACAAUCUCGAUCGCAUAGUUUACCUCGAGCAGCAUUCUGCUCUCGCGGAGAAGCACCUCACAGUCAGCGUCGAACAAGUCAGCAUCUUCCUGCUAGCCGAUAACUCUGUCAUUUCCUUCUUCGAGCAUUCCGCUGAUGACGUGGAAGACAUGAUUUUGAAGCGACUGAGGACCGAGGACACUAUUCUCCGCCGUAGCCAGGACAGCAGUAUGAUCGUGCAAGCCAUCAUCGACGCCAUUGUGGAUUUGGCCAUCCCCGUUGUGGCAGCCUAUGAACACGCCAUGGGCGAUUUGGAGUUGGAAGUCCUGGAGGAUCCCGAGUUGCACCACAGUCAGCUGCUCUACCUCCUCACAUCUGAGCUCUCCAUCCUGCGCAACACCAUCCAGCCUAUCGUAUCGCUGAUCAACUCCCUUCGCGACCACAAAGCAGACCCCAUGGCCCAGUCCAUGCUAACCCAAACAAACUCCCACCUUGCAACCCGCAAGACGAUGAGCUCCAUCAACAUUAGCCCCCUUGCGCACACCUACCUCGGCGACGUUGAAGAUCACUGCAUCAUGAUCACCGCCUCUCUCGACCAAAUGCGCCGCGCUGCAGACAACCUUAUCGACCUAAUCUUCAACAUGAUGGGUGCCUUCCAAAACGAAUCCAUGAAGAUCCUCACCGCCGUCACAAUCUUCUUCCUCCCCCUCACCUUUCUCGUCGGAUACUUUGGCCAAAACUUUGCCCGCUUCAAUGGCGUCCAGCACCACUCCGAUGCCUUCUUCUGGCUCAUCGCCGUGCCCGUCAUGAUCAUCACAUUGUUGGUGCUUAUGGCUGAUCGCAUCGUGCCCAUUACAUAA